AGCCCCACCAAUCCACCCCUCAUCGAGCAGCCGGCACCCACGCCCCUGCACACGGCGUUUAAAAAUAGAAAGAGCUCUGGAAAUCAAAUAUCCCUGGAGCGCCGUUCGAGAAAAUGGUAACGAUGAAUUCGGAGGCGGACAAAACACAAGCCACCAAUGCCAGCAGCACCGCGGCGCCGGCGAAGACGGACUGCAGCAGCAGCAACAGCGGCGAUCCGCUGGCGGUGGCCAUUCCCGCCAAGGAGGAGGAGGAGCCACAGUCUGUUGGAGGAGGAGCCACGCCCUCGCCAAUUCCCAGUCCACUGCCCAAUGGCAGUAAUAGUGCUGAAGGAUCAUCAGGAUCACCAGCAGCAGCAGCAGCAAGUGUUGCAGCUACAGCAGCAACAUCGGCUGCCCCGCCAGCAACCACUGCAGCUACGAGCACCACAUCCGCAGCCAAGACCGCCGCCGCCACCACCACCACGUCCUCCUCCUCGGCCACCUCCUCCUCGACGGCGGCGGCGGCGGGCAGCAAGCAGAGCGGCAGCAGCGGCGGCCUGCUGACCGUCAGCGGCAACCACCACCACCAUCACCACGGCCACUCGCAGCAGCAGCAGCAGCAGUCGGCGGCGGCGGGCCAGUCGUCCGCCCAGCCGCCCCCGCCGCCCAGCGCCUCCGCCCUCGCCGUUCCAUCGGCGUCGCAUCAUCAACGCGGCGGCAAGAACGAGGAUGCACCGAAUAUACUGGUGUACAAAAAGAUGGAGGCAAUUAUCGAGAAGAUGCAGGCGGAGUCGACGGGCGUGGCCGUGCGCACGGUGAAGGCGUUCAUGAGCAAGGUGCCCUCGGUGUUCACCGGCGCAGACCUGGUGGCCUGGAUCCUGAAGAACUUCGACGUGGAGGACGUGACGGAGGCCCUGCACUUUGCCCACCUGCUCAGCUCGCAUGGCUACAUUUUCCCCAUCGACGAUCAUGCGCUGACCGUGAAGAACGACGGCACCUUCUACAGAUUCCAGACGCCCUACUUUUGGCCCUCGAACUGCUGGGAGCCCGAGAAUACGGACUAUGCCGUCUAUCUUUGCAAGCGCACCAUGCAGAAUAAGACGCGACUCGAGUUGGCCGACUACGAGGCCGAGAAUCUGGCCAAGCUGCAGAAGAUGUUCUCCAGAAAGUGGGAGUUUAUAUUUAUGCAGGCCGAAUCGCAGAGCAAGGUGGCCAAGAAGCGGGACAAGCUGGAGCGGAAGGUGCUGGACUCGCAAGAGCGGGCCUUUUGGGACGUCCACCGGCCGAUGCCCGGCUGCGUCAACACCACCGAGAUUGACAUUAAGAAGGCCUACAGGAGGGGCGGCUCCAGCCACGGCACCGGAUCCGCCGGCGCCUCCUUGGCCAAGAAUCCCGUCGAGCAGCUGACGCGGAUCAUCGCCCUGCGCAAACAGAAGCUCGAGCGGCGCACAAUCAAGGUGUCAAAGGCGGCCGAGGCUCUGGUUGCCUACUACGAUCAGUACAAUGAGUUCGAUUACUUUAUAACCUCGCCGGAGCUGCCGAAUCCGUGGCAAACGGACAGCACCGAGAUGUGGGAUACGGAGAAGAAUAGCAAAGAAGUUCCUGUGCGGCGCGUGAAGCGCUGGGCAUUCAGUUUGCGCGAAUUGCUCAACGAUGCCAUCGGACGCGAGCAGUUCACCAAGUUUUUGGAGAAGGAGUACAGCGGCGAGAAUCUCAAAUUCUGGGAAUCGGUGCAGGAGAUGAAGGCGCUGCCGCAGUCGGAGAUCAAGGAGGCCAUCCAGAAGAUCUGGCAGGAGUUCCUCGCCCCCGACGCCCCCUGUCCGGUGAACGUGGACUCGAAGUCGGUGGAGCUGGCCCGCGAGGCGGUCAACUCGCCGAGUGGCCCGAAUCGGUGGUGCUUCGAUGUGGCCGCCUCCCACGUUUACCACCUGAUGAAGAGCGACUCGUACUCGCGGUAUCUGCGGUCCGACAUGUACAAGGACUACCUGAACUGCUCGCGCAAGAAGAUCAAGUCCAUACCGAAUCUGUUCGGGGUGAAACGUUGAGAUACGCUGCGGGGAUUCCCCGUCAUCGCAGUCGGCUAGGAUCGGGCUAUAUAUCGGGCUUGGAUUCUUUGCCAGGGGAAUUACCAGAUGCACCUGGCACUCGGUACUCACUCGGUACUCAUAUGUACGCCUAUAUUGUAUGUACUUUAAAUGAUGUUACUCACUUAAUUGUCUGCCACUGUGUCGCGUGUUCUCUCGAUUUUGAAGUUUUCUAUUGCCAUUUUGUAUUUGAUAAUCCGUUGAUCGAUUAUGCGUUACCUCAAAGUGCCCAUUCCCAAAAAUCCCC